AUGAGAGAUUGGCACACAGAUGACCACACCAGUGCAUGCUUCGAAAAUGAACAGAACGGAAAGAAGUACCUAAACAGGAUCGAUAACGGGAAAGGAGGCGAGUACGUCUGUCGAGGCGAACCCCCAGGAAGAGGUGAACCACCCAACAGCGGCAGUGCCAAGUAUCCCCCUCACCGAAAGAGCCUAACUGAGAUGAACAAAAAUAAUAGUAACAAUCCCCUGGGGGGUGAAGAAAAGCAAAAAAUGGUAGAGAACGAUAUAAAUAGGUCCUCAAGUAGGUCUUACAAGCUAGGUAAUGUAGUGGGCAAUGGAAGCUUUGGAGUCGUCUAUGAAGCCGUCUGUCUGGAAACAUCCGAGAAAGUAGCUAUCAAGAAGGUCCUCCAAGAUCCACAGUACAAAAACAGAGAGCUCCUAAUAAUGCAGAACCUAAACCAUGUGAACAUCAUUUUUCUGAAGGAUUAUUACUACACAGAAUAUGUGAAAAAAAAUGAAAAAAAUAUUUUCCUAAAUGUAGUGAUGGAGUUCAUUCCUCAGACAGUACACAAAUACAUGAAGCACUAUGCGAGGAACAACCAUUCCUUACCUCUCCUUCUGGUGAAACUCUACUCCUACCAGCUCUGUAGAGCAUUAGCUUAUCUGCACUCCAAGUUUAUUUGCCACCGAGAUUUGAAGCCACAGAAUUUACUCAUAGAACCCAACACACAUACACUAAAACUGUGUGACUUUGGCAGUGCGAAGAAUUUGCUAGCUGGCCAGCGUAGCGUGUCCUACAUCUGCUCACGGUUUUAUCGUGCCCCGGAGCUCAUGUUGGGCGCCACCAACUACACCACGCACAUCGACUUGUGGUCCCUCGGCUGCAUAAUCGCCGAGAUGAUUUUAGGUUACCCUCUCUUCUCCGGCCAGUCCAGCGUCGACCAGUUAGUUAGGAUCAUCCAAGUGUUAGGCACACCGACGGAGGAGCAAAUGAAAGUGAUGAACCCGAACUACGCAGAUGUGAAGUUCCCUGAUGUGAAGCCAAAGGAUUUGAAAAAGGUCUUUCCGAAGGGAACCCCCGAGGACGCCAUCAACUUUGUGUCCAGAUUCCUCAAAUAUGAACCCCUGGAACGGCUGAACCCAAUCGAAGCCCUGGCAGAUCCCUUCUUCGAUGAUUUGAGGGACCCUUGCAUCAAGUUACCCAAGUAUAUAGAGAAGCUGCCCGAGCUAUUCAAUUUCACCGAGGAAGAAAUCAAAGAAAUGUCUGACGCCUGCAGGCGAAAGCUGACAUCCAAACGUACCUACGAGGCGUAUGAACAGUUCCUAAUGAGCAAGACCAGUGAUAACUCCAACAUGGCAGACAAUUUGAGCAAAGAGUUUGCUGAAUCUAGUAUGGAAACUAAGUCCAAUCGCGCCGUGAACCUCGCCUGA